GCACAUAAUUGUAAAAAAUAUAAUUUUCACAACACAAUAAUUUUUUUACAAAUGUAUACCAUGCACACUAAAAGAUCAAUGCAGGAGCAGUAUUUCACACAUAUUUAACCGAAAACGUUUUGCGCAGCUGUUAAAAAUUAGCCGUAAUUGCAUCAGGAUCUAUGUACUGCACUACUGCAGUAGUACUACUACUUCCUCUACUACGCAGUAUUUGCAUUUACUGUGCUGGCUCUGUCCUCACUGAGUGUGGUUACAGUUUAUCCGUGAAGUAGAGCUGAACGGCCAGAUUAUUUUUUUUUAACCCCAUGCCACCCAAGAGAGACGCAGGAGCGGGUCCAACACAACCACCAGUCAAGAUGAUAAAAGUCGGCCCUGAUGCCCAGGAAUUUGACUGUGAUCCAAUGGAGGAUAAGUACAGGUUGGCUCAGGAGUCCAGCUACUCACCUCCUUUUCCAAACAACGAGCAUGAAACCAUUGAAUUUGAUGAAGAAAAUAUUGCAAGCCCAGGCAUCAGAACAGACACCAUCAGUCUCCUCAUGAAAAUAGAGCAACUGCAGGCACAACUCAAAUAUGAACGCAGAUGUAGAAUUUUGGCCGAGAGAGAGCUGAGGGAGCUGAAAGAGAUGAACACUCUCAUGAUGCAGAUGAGGCACACAGCACAUGAACUGCGAGUCACUCUGGAUCAUGUUCUCCAAGGAGGCGAGGCAGCAGCAACACCGCAGAACUCUCAAGAUAAAACUAUCUCUUUCCUGGCUGAUCCUGAGGAUGAGAUGAGGGAGGAUCAUAAUAUCUCAGAGGACGAUCAGAACUUGUUGUAUCUCUCAGAGAAUCUCCGUGUACCAAGAAAUCUUUAUGAGCGUAUUGCAGAAAUCGCAGACUACAAAAAGUACACGUCGGCACUGCUGAUGAUACUUUUUGACAGAGAAACGUUGGCCACACACUCUCUGCAGGGCCGGAGGAACACCUUUACCGGGGAAGAUUGCCACAAGCCUCAACUCCCCCCUGAGAUCUUGAGAAGUAUAAUUGAUCAUGUGACACUCAAAUUCGGCGUUGAUAGCAGCCAAAUAAAAACUGCAAUCCGCACAAAGUUGAAUAAUGAGGACAAACUAUUAAAGAAGAGACUGGGUAUGGGUAAAGCUGAAAACAAAGCUAUUCAAAGCUUUUGCCAAGAUGCUUCACUCCUGCCUGAAAAUGGAGAAAUGAGAAAUGAUUCUCAGGUAUAACGUUUGGUGCCUUCAUCUGUUGGUCACCAGUUUUUCAUGAUGCCUGAUAGAAAUGUGUGACAGGUUGCAGGUUUUUUAAUCCACCUGUCCUGUAGUUUAUUCAGUAUUGGUAUCUCGUGCUUGAAGUUAGGUAGCCUAGUUAGUUAUUUUUUUUAACACUUUUUAGAGUUCUUCGUUUUUUACAGCUGUUGUUGUCGGUUGUGUGUUCGAAACGUGUGAAGCUUAAUCUGGUGACUCUACCAAGACGUUUAACAGCACUAUAAAAUGUCACGUGUACUCGUCAGUGGUAAAAACAAACAAGUGUUCUUAUUUCAUUUGUGUUAGUAAGUGGCUGUGUCUAAAUAAUAAGUAUGUGAAGAUGUUCUUUAACAUUUAUACUGUUAUAACUUUGUGUUUUUAAAAAAUAGGGUUGCCAUUUGUACCCUGUUGUUCAUGACAAACUGCAUUACACCAAGUGAUACUGUGUUUCUAGAAUAGUUUUGUUUGCAGUUGCAAAAUAUGCUGUACGUGAUAAUUAAUCUCCCUGCUUCCACAACAUCUAUUACAUCAGUUCUCUGUUUGUUGUGCUUACCUACGCGAGGGCCAAUAAACCCUUAGAACUGA